AUGGAUAAUGAGAUCACCCCGGCGCCACCAAUAGGAGUGACUGCAUCCAACCAAGUCAACCGUCAGGAUACCACCGCUGCCGCUGGCUCGGCCGCUAUUCAGAAGCUCAGCAACGAGGACAACAUUCCAGGAAGCCCUUUUGCCUUCUCGCCGACCCAGUUGUGCGAGUUGAUCGAAAACCGAAACCCCAAUUCGCUCAUUGCCUUUGAGGGUCUGACUGGUCUUGCCACCGGCCUCCUCGCCGACAUCGAUGCCGGCCUAGGCGUCGACGAGAACAUCAUCGACGGGGCGAUCUCGACCCCAAACACGUAUAGAAGUAAUCAAGACAUGUCAGCCAGCUCCCAAACGAACAGCAAGUCCUUCACGAAACUAACCUCGGCCGCUGGUAACUUCACCGAUCGGCGAAGGAUCUAUGGCGAAAACCGUGUGCCCGGAAGGAAACCCAAAACCUUCCUUCAACUGCUUUGGAUGGCUUUCAACGACAAGCUCAUGUUCCUCUUGACGGCCUCCGCUACCGUUUCGCUUGCACUUGGAAUCUAUCAGUCUGUUGCCGAUGCUGGGCAAGGUACGAGUAUCGAAUGGGUGGAGGGCGUCGCCAUCAUCGUCGCCGUCGCCGUCAUCGUCCUUGCGACGGCCAUCAACGAUUACCAGAAGAACUCCAAGUUCCAGAAUCUGAACCAGAAAAAGGAAGAACGAACCAUCACCGUAAUCCGAUCAGGCAGACACCGGCCCAUUUCCAUAUUCGACAUCCUCGUCGGGGACGUUUUGCAUCUGGAGGCCGGAGAGGUCGCUCCCGCGGAUGGCGUCCUCGUGCAGGGGUUUGGCAUCCAGUGGGAUGAGUCCGCCCUGACCGGCGAGUCGGAUCUAGUUGCCAAGUCCCCCGUCGCGGACGAUGCCCAAACAACAAUCGACCCCUUCAUCCUCGGAGGAACGAAGAUCACGGCCGGCGUGGGGAAAUACCUUGUGCUCGCUGUUGGCGUCAACUCUUCCUACGGCAGGAUCAUGAUGUCUCUGAGGGACGAUAUCCAAGAGACGCCCCUUCAGCAAAAACUUGGUGUUCUAGCCAAGUACAUCAUCACCUUCGGCCUGGCGGCGGGUGCCAUCUUCUUCACAAUCAUGUUCGUGCGCUUUCUCGUUGAUCUUAAGAGCAUUCAAGGCGGCCCCAAGGAAAAGGGCCAUGCCUUCCUGGAGGUCCUGAUUCUAUCAAUCACAGUUGUCGUCAUCGCCGUGCCCGAAGGCCUCCCGCUCACCGUCACCCUGGCUCUGGCGUUUGCAACGACCAGGAUGCUGAAGGAUAACAACCUCUUCCGCCUACUUCGGUCUUGCGAAAUCAUGGGGAACGCAACGACUGUCUGCUCAGACAAAACCGGCACCCUCACCACGAACCAAAUGAGCGUGGUGACGGACAUACUCGGUUCAUCGAUUCCUUUCCACGAUGCCCUCCUUGCGCCGGCUGCAAACGACGACGACGACGCCGUUUCUCCUUCGACAGCUGAAACCAUCAGAGUGCUCCCGAGCGAGGUCAAAGAGCUUUUGAAGACGGCCUUCGUUAUAAACUCGACGGCCAUCGAAACAAGCGAGCGUUCCAGGUUUAUUGGGUCGAGUACCGAGACGGCCUUGCUGAAGUUUGCACUUGAUCAUCUUGGCCUAGGUAGCUUGGACGAGGAAAGAGCCAACGGAAACAUUGUGCAGGUGAUACCCUUUGACGCCUCCAGGAAGUGGAUGGCGGUCAUCGUGAAGCUUGGAGACGGACGCCACCGAAUGCUGGUCAAGGGAGCGGCCGAGGUCGUCCUAGCCAGAUGCACCGAGAUCGUGCGGGAUCCAACGACUAACAAAGACGCCGCAAAGAUCACGCCCGACCAGAUACAGAUGCUGGACAAAAAGAUCUUGAGUUACGCCCGCCGGUCUCUGCGUGUAGUGACCAUCGCCUACCGAGACUUCGACGAAUGGCCCUUGCAGGAGUCCCUUCAACUGAACAGUCUUCCGGGUCUAGUGUUUUUCGGGGCUUUCGGUAUGCGGGAUCCUCUGCGGCCCGAAGUCAUCGAGUCAGUCCGGCAGUGCCAAUCUGCUGGCGUCUUCGUCCGCAUGGUGACGGGCGACAAUUUCUUCACGGCAAUCGCGAUAGCUUCGGAAUGUGGAAUCUACACCGCCGGCGGGAUUACGAUGGAUGGACCGACCUUCCGUAAGCUGUCGCCGAUGCAGCUCGACCUCGUCGUACCACGCCUGCAGGUUCUUGCCAGGUCCAGCCCCGACGACAAAUUACGUCUCGUUUCGCACCUCAAAAGCCUCGACGAGAUUGUUGCUGUGACGGGCGAUGGUACGAACGAUGCAUUGGCCUUGAAAGCAGCCGACGUCGGGUUUUCCAUGGGUGUCUCCGGCACUGAAGUGGCCAAAGAGGCUUCGGCAAUAGUUCUCAUGGAUGACAACUUCGCCUCUAUCGCCAAGGCCAUCUCUUGGGGAAGAGCCGUCAACGAUGCGGCCAAGAAGUUCCUCCAGUUUCAAUUCACCAUUAAUGUCUCCGCCGGGAUUCUAACGGUUAUCUCUGCUCUCGUCGGCGGCACAGAAUCCUCCGUCUUCCGCGUGGUUCAACUCCUGUGGAUCAAUCUCAUCAUGGACACCUUUGCCGCGCUGGCCCUCGGAACCGACUUUCCCACGCCAGAUCUACUCAAGCGUAGGCCUGAACCAAGAGGGAUAUCAGUCUUGGACACGACCAUGUGGAAGAUGAUUUUCGGCCAGUCCCUAUACCAACUCGCGGUGAUCUUCACCUUUCAUUACGCCGGAGAGAGGAUCUUCCAGUAUCACACGGAGCGGCAGUUGUUGGAGCUGCAGACCAUGAUUUUCAAUAUUUACGUCUGGAUGCAGUUCUUCAACCAGAUUAAGUGA